GAUGGGGGAUGUUAACACUGGACUGUCUGGACGGGAGCUCAGUCUCAAUCCUUUCUUGUGCACUCGCUCUCUCUAGUUGUUUUGUUGGAAGCGGAACUGGAGAGACGACGAUGGAAAUAACAGUGAAACCCGAAGCCAAACGCAGCCUAAUCUUCUCCUACGGCACUCUGAAGCGCGGCUUCGCCAACCACAACCUCAUGCAACAUCUCAUCUCGUCAAACGACGCGGUCUACCUCGGCAGGUACCGCACCCUCGACGAACUACCUCUCGUCUGUGGACCCUACGGUGUCCCCUUCCUCCUCAACCUCCCGGCCGGGCCGGGUCGUCACCCGAUCCGCGGCGAACUCUACGGGGUCUCGGACCCCGGGCUGGCCCGAAUCGACGAGCUCGAAGGCGUCACCGUCGGCCACUACGAGCGGUUCCCGGUUCGGCUCAUCAAAGAUAGAGAAGACGGAGAAGGAGGAGCGGUGGUGGAGGCGGAGGCGUAUUACUUGAACCGGAGUUUUGGGGAGGAGAUGUGGAGGAGGAAUGGGAAGGUGGGGUUUGGGGAGUAUACGGAGAAGAAGGCGAGGGAGUAUGUGAGGAGGGAUGAGAGGCCCAAGGAGAGGAGUUUUCUUGAGGAAAUUCGAUUGUUUGUUUCGUCGUCAUCUUCUUCUUCUUAGUAAGCAUGCGAAAUGGCUGUGGGAAACAUGCAUUACCAAAAUAAAAAAGCGUCAUCAAUAUUGCUAUUGUUUAUAAUUGUGAAUUUACAUUGAUUUCUAUUUAUUAAUGUCAACUUUUUCAAUAUAGU